AAAACCUGUAACAAGAAAAACUAACUUUCUUCUUUACAAGCUCUGCUUCAAUGGCGUCGAUACCCAAAUCAGCAAAGGAACACCCGUUUCUCGAUCUCUAUAGUGAUGAUGAUAAGCUUCGUGAAUCAGCGAAAGUUCUCUUGAAUUAUUCCAAAGAACACUUCCCAGUUUCUUUAAUUGAGCAACUUCUCCAAGCAAUUGAAUGUAGCUUACGAGGAUCGCGUACACGUAUUCUCUAUUACGAUAUUUUAAGCGAUGUUUUACCAUCACUUUGGACCAAACUUCCGUUAAGUAAGCGAAAUGACUUGAAGAUCCGUUUACAAGAAAAGGUUUGGCUUGAAACAGAUUAUGAAACACUCAGGGCUUGUUCAUCUUGUAUAUCGAGUUUAGCGGGUUUACUUUUCCCUAAAAAUGAAUGGUAUUCUUUGUUUCGCUUAAUGUUUGAGCAUUUGGGUACGAAUUGGGACGGAAAAUUGUGUGUUAUGCUUUUAUGGAAUGAAGUGAUACCAAAAUGUCCUGCAGUUUUUGUACCUUAUGUUGAUGUUUUGAUUGAGGGGUUUACAGACCUUAUGCGUACUGUAUUGGAAGAUCAUCGAUGUAGGGUUGCUGCUGCUAGGGCUUCUGUGAAAAUGAUUUUGUAUUAUUCAACGCCCGCGAGUUAUUGCAAGUUUUGUAGUCUUUUAGAACAUGUGAUAAUGACUUUGUUUGUGGCAAUUGGUGAGGAAGAUCUUGUGUGUAGACUUCUUGAGGAUUUGAUUGUUUUGGUUGGGGUAGAGACCGCGGUUUUUGAAGUUCAUAUCAGUGUUGUGGUUAAGAGUAUGGCGAGGAUAGCUGAGAAUUCGAAGUUAGGGGAGAAGUUAAGGCAGCUAGCUAUAGAGUUUGUUGUUACUUUGGCUGAGGAUAAAGAGAUUGGGUGUGGGCUGAUGCAGAUGCUACCAAAAGAACAAGUUACUAAAUUGUUUAGUGUGUUGACUGUGAUGUUGGUGCAUAUUAAAGAUGACCCUGGUUGGGGAAAUGCAACUAUAGAUGAUGAAAAUGAAGAGCAGUUGAGUAUGCGUAGUUAUGCUAUGGAGAGUUUGGAUAGGCUAGCAAUUGCAUUAGGGGGAAGUGUAAUUAUGCCUUGUUGCGCUGUGGGCUUGUACAACCUCUUGCAUAAUGAAAAUUGGAGAAUUCGUCAUGCUGCCGUUACUGCAAUUGGACUGAUUUCAGAAGGAUGCUCAAAGGCAUUGUUACUGGAGAUGGAGAAACUUGUGCAGACUAUUGUAAAACUAAUCCAUGAUGAGCACCCUCGAGUAUGUUGGGCGACAAUUCGUACAAUUGGUCAGCUAUCAACAUAUCUGAGCCCGCAUUUUCAAGAGCAAUAUCAUCAGCAGAUCCUUCGAGCUUUGAUAGAAGUAUUGGAUGAUAUUGAUAAUCCCAGGUUGCAGACACGUGCAGCUUCAGCGAUAAAGUUGUUCAGUCAAAAUUGCAGUGCAGAUAUCUUGAAACCUUACCUGCACAAUAUAGUGCGUAAAUUAGCUGGGUUUCAAAAAAACAGGUUUCGUGAACCUGGUCCUUAUGUUGCUGUGAUGAAGGUGAACCUGGUCCUUGCGUUUCUGUGA